CAAUCUGCAAACCCUAAUUUCCCAUUUCAAACCAAAAUAAAACGCUCCCAAUCGGCCACCCCUUCUAUUUUCUUACCUCCUUCCCCAUUUAUUCAAUUUUCAGAAUUCUCUAUACUCUCUCUAUAGUCCCUCCUUAAUUCCCUAAGCUUCUGGAUUCUUCUUAAGAAAAAAAAUGGAAAAAGAGGUGGUGUAUGUAGGUUGGGAAGAGGUGUAUGUGUGUACCGAGAAAGGAAGAAGAGAGAUUCACUAUUUGUUGAAAAGAAUUGAUGGAGGUUCUGAUCUUGCUGUUGUUGCUAAGGAGAAGACUUUGCGUCAUUUUACUUACCGUUUUUUGCUUGAUUUUUCUUCGUUUGAUAAGCCUAAGUCAAAGCAGGAGGUUAUUCAUUGGUUGAACUCCUUCAUUCCAGAGUCACCUGUCCCUGCCUUGCAGCAGAUGAAUGGUUGUUCUACAUAUGGAAAUGAAAAGCAUGAGCCAGAUGUGGAGACAAUGAAGACUGCUCAACUGAGGAAGCUAGGUAACCACACAAAAGAAUUCCUUUGGCUAGGUUCCCAAUGGACGUGCAAAAAGAGACGGAAACACUAUCAAGCGUUUUCUCGUAAUGGAAUUAAAAUCUCGGUGAAUCAGUUUGUUCAUGUUUUGGCUGAGGAGAACAAGAGACUUGUGGCUUACUUGGAUGAUAUGUAUGAAGAUACCAAAGGAAGAAAGUUGGUUGUGGUACGCUGGUUUCAUAAAGUUGAUGAGGUUGGUAUUGAUUUGCCUCAUAAUUAUAAUGAGAGAGAAAUUUUCUUUUCUCUUUGUCUUCAAGAUCUCAGCGUUGAAUGCAUUGAUGGACUGGCUACUGUUUUGAGUCCAAGCCAUUAUGCUAAGUUUGUGUCUGAAGCUGCGAAUACUCUGUUGCAACCAUAUGUGUGUUGCCAACAAUAUGACAACGAUGGUGCCACGGCUUUGGACAUAACUCAAGUGAGAGGAUAUUGGAAACAGGAUGUUGUCAAAUACAUGUUUUCUAUUCCUUCAGCUAGGACAACGGAGAAGGCAUGUCUACGUGAUGCAUCCCGGAAAAAGGAAGUUGUCGACUGUUUCUUUGAGAAUAAACCAAGAAAGAGAUUGCGAUUAUCAAGAGAACGCAAAGUUAAUGUGCCAUGUGCUACAGUAAGACCUGCCUUGGAUGAUGUUGAUGCGAUCCGUCAAACCAAACCUCACCUUGUAUCUGGCCCUGACUCUAUAUGUAAAAAGGACAAUAUAGAGAGUUUAGCUCAACACAUGAAUGUGGGUUCAAUGGUUGAAGUUCUAUCUCAGGAUAGUGGAUUGAGGGGCUGCUGGUUUAGAGCAACUAUCAUCAAGAAGCACAAAAGUAAAGUCAAGCUACUUUAUUGUGACAUCAAAGAUGCAGAGAAUGAAGAAAAGAAUCUCGAGGAAUGGGUCUUAGCGUCGAGAAUUGCUGUUCAGGAUGAGAUGGGCGUUCGACUUAAUGGUAGGACAACGAUUAGGCCUUCCGGUGCACACAAUGCCAAAGUAUCGGCAGUCAUCAGUGUUAGUACUAUAGUGGAUGCAUGGUGGCAUGAUGGUUGGUGGGAGGGUAUAGUUAUUGAAAAAGAAUCUUGUGGGAAGCUCCAAGUUUAUUUUCCAGGUGAAAAGCUUGUAGCUGGCUUUACACACGCUGAUCUGAGACGUUCCCAUGAAUGGGUUGGUGGAACUUGGAAAGAAUUGAGCGAAAGGCAAGAUAUUGUAUCCAUUUUAUCCGACCUUGUGAAAGAGGGACGAAGCGGAAAGCAUGGCAGUGAUAAGUGUCUGAAAGAUCAUGUUUCCAGUGAGCAGCAUCUUGAAUGUGACGAGGGGAAAGACCUUUUGUUUGAUACUCGAGUUUUAUCUAGUAACCCGAUUGUAAUUCCGGUAUCUAGGAAUUCACAUUCAACGGGUGCUGUAAUUGAUCUUUUGAAUGACAAUGUGCUUACACAGUUGAAGUGGGAAUCAACAUGUAAAAGAAGGCGUAAAUGUGUUGUUCGGAAGCUGCAGCAACAUAGAAGCUACGGGAUCAACUUUGAAAGGGAGGAUUCUCCUGAGAACCAUCAGGAGUACUUAAUUUCUUCUACUGCCAAAAUUGGUAAAGAGAAUCGUAUGUCUGUUAAAGUGGACCAUGAUAAGUGCAAGUAUGCAUCCGAUUCUCUUUUCAGCCCGCCGGUAGUACCAAGAUCAUUGGUUAUGUCUCGAUGAUUUCGUGCGAAGCAUGGAAAUCAUCGAUCAGGCUUUUAGAUCAUAACCUUUUUCUUAAAUGUUCGUUCUUCAUUGACACAAGUGUUAGAGAAGAAGAAGCCUUGUUAUCCCACAAGUUGCGGCAAAUCCCAAAUGUGGCAGAAAGCUUUUUUAACAGUUGGGCAUCGGUUUUGAGUAAGAUUUAGAACAAAUUUAAUUUAGGUAGGAUGCUAGUUUUUACUCUUUUUUUUCCCGUGAUUCUCUGAUGUGGGCUUUAUUCUCUGAAGGCUGUUGUAUUAUGGGUGGCUUGCAAGUUCUGUAUAAAUAUGUAGGAAUAAAAGAUCACAUUGUUUCUUGUAUCAGUUUUUCUCCUUUGAAGUGAUAAAUUUGUGCAUUUGAUUGAUUUGUCUUGUAA